CCCCUGCGCGCGCUCCCGGGUGGCGACGGAGCGGGCGGCUGCCUUGGCAGAGCAGCCCGAGGAGGAAAGCUCUUGCCAGCUUCUCGGCCGGGGCAUCGGCCCUGGAAACGCCUCUGCUUCCCCUUGGCUGGAGAGUCCGCCGGCGUGCAGCUCUUGCUGCGCCCGGAGCGGAGGGAUCAUGUCGGUGGCGGGCCUGAAGAAGCAGUUCCACAAAGCCAGCCAGCUGUUCAGUGAAAAAAUCAGCGGAGCGGAAGGAACAAAACACGAUGAAGAUUUCCAUGAGAUGGAACGGAAGAUUGACAUCACCAACAAAGCUGUGGCAGAACUCCUGUCAAAGUCCACUGAAUACCUGCAACCUAAUCCAGCGUACAGAGCUAAGCUGGGAAUGCUGAAUACCGUGUCCAAGAUACGAGGGCAAGUGAAAGCCACAGGGUACCCUCAGACAGAAGGGCUGCUUGGAGAAUGUAUGCUUCGAUAUGGGAGAGAACUCGGAGAGGACUCCGCAUUUGGCACUGCCCUAAUAGAUUCGGGGGAGAGCAUGAAGCUGAUGGGCGAAGUGAAAGACUCUCUGGACAUCAAUGUCAAGCAAAACUUCAUCGAUCCUCUUCAGCUGUUGCAAGACAAGGAUUUAAAAGAGAUUGGGCACCACCUGAAGAAACUAGAAGGCCGGCGUUUAGAUUACGAUUACAAAAAGAAGCGUCUAGGGAAGAUACCAGAUGAGGAGGUUAAGCAAGCUGUGGAAAAGUUUGAAGAAUCCAAAGAGCUGGCAGAGAGGAGCAUGUUCAACUUUUUAGAAAAUGAUAUAGAGCAAGUGAGCCAGUUACUAGUCUUUGUAGAAGCUGCAGUAGAGUAUCAUAAGCAGUCUACAGAGAUUCUAGAAGAUCUGCAGAGCAAGCUACAAAACAGGAUAAACAUAGCAUCAAGUCGUCCAAGACGUGAAUUCAAGCCAAAGCCGGUGAUAAGGACACCUCUUGAAAUAAGCAACGGUCAGCAGCAAAAUGGGAUUUCAUUCAGUCCAUCGAUAAAAUCCACAGGUUCUUCAUCACAUAUGGACCAGCCUUGCUGCCAAGCUUUGUAUGACUUUGAGCCAGAAAACGAAGGUGAGCUUGGAUUUAAGGAAGGUGACGUCAUCACGCUGACCAAUCAGAUCGAUGAGAACUGGUUCGAAGGCAUGUUGAACGGCGAAUCGGGCUUCUUCCCCAUCAAUUAUGUGGAAGUUGUGGUGCCGCUGCCUCAGUGAGCCUGCCAUCCUCAUGUCGCAAAUGCAUUUUCGUGAGUGAAAAGAAGUCUUUCCCCCAAAGUGGCUUUUCAUUUGUGUGGCAUUCUACGAAAGCCUUGUUCUUUUGACCAACUUACUGACUUUUUUGUAUGUGUCUUUCAAAAAAAAAAAAAGUAUUUAUUUUGUAUUCAUGUAGUUUGUACAUUAUAUAUAUAU